AUGGCACCUGGGGGUACUAAUGAUACUUGGUAUUGCUGCAAAGCAUCUCUUCGCGAAAUGUAUCUUCCUGACAAGUACAAACAAGAAGCAGUCGCAGUGGCCCAACUCCACAAAUUCUUCUGGUCUGGCCACAGCGGUGAAGUGAUGGCUGAAUUCCCUGGUCGUCCACAGAGAAUGCCGCGAAUUAUCAUUGAGGUCAGAAAAGAUCUUUCUAAAAAGGGACACCGUCGAGCUUAUGUGGGAUUGAGCCAAUUCUGUCAUGACAACGGUGAUGAUUUAUGGUACGAGGUAGAUGACGCGAGAUGGACACAUUGGCAAUCGGGCUUCUCCAGAGACGCAACCUCCGAUCACCAUUGCUUACCAUGCCGUCAAUUCCACCAAUAUAAUGUCUGGAGGCUGCAGCGUCCGGACUGGGAUUGUCUGCCACUGAAAAAUGAUGUCAGCGAUAUGGAUGCAUUGGCACAUAAUUUUGAACAAAUGGGGAAGAAAGACGGAAAGAAGAGAAAUGCUACUGAAGCUCAUUUCAGGAAAGAGAGCGUUUCGAACUAUCAGAGUGGAAUGCAUAAGAAGGCGUGUACCGAUACAGCUUCAGAAGCUAGCACAGAUGACACGUUUGUCAAGGAGGAUGAGGCUUAG